UCUGCAGUUCUGCAAAAUGUCAGCAUGACACCGCUAUUCGAUAAUCAAGAAUAUUACAAGAAGAUGCUGGAGCUCCAGGAGAAGCUGCGGAAGAGUGAAGAAGAGAGGAUUCGACUUGAGGAACGCUUCAACCUCCUGGAGCAAGAGUCUCGAAUCAGGCACGAGGCGUGCAUAAAUAAACUCAGAAUGAGGUACAUCGAAUUUUUGGAGGAGCAGAGGAGCAGGGACGAGAGAAACAGAAAAUUACUGGGUGCACUGGACAGGGUUGACUCGAGUCUCGCGGUGAUGAGUGCCAAGACAGAUAAACUUUAUUCUUUGAGGAAGGAGUACGACGCGUCGAUCCUCCGAGCGCACGCCUGCCGCCGCCAGACGCCCAGCGUAACAGGUGACUCAGGCAUCCUGAGCCAAGCCGACGACCGAAGGCUCCAGAAGUACCCGUCGCCUCCCUUCCCCUCAGCCUCCCUCUCGACCCUCCUCCACCCCCGGAGGGUCCAUUCCCCGCCUGCCCCCUCGCCCCCUCACCCGAAGCCCCUGUCCUACCCCCCACGUCCCACAAUCGACUUCCACGACCGCUUCCCCUCGAGAUCUCGAGACCUGUCGGCCACCUGGGGCCUCCCCAGCCUCAACAUCCCUCAUUCAGAGGAUCUCGACUCCCUCAGAAGAACCCCUCGAUACCCGAAGGACCCCUCCCCCUUCCAAUACCCGGAAACCGUCAACCCUCUCAAGCCCUCGAGACUAAUUUCAACUUCCCUCCUCUCGACCCCCAACUGCGAAGACGAAAAAACCGGAAACGCUGUUGAAAACGAACUCGAGCGGUACAUCAGCAAGAUAAGAAGUCUUCACGGAGACCUGGAGCACAGUCAGGAGGACCACGAGCAGAACACGAGUGGAGAUUUGCUGAAUGUCACCCUCUCGGAUGACGGCCUUGACCAUCUGCCACCUGAAGACAAGACGCGAGGACUUCCCGAUGAAGUUGAGAAGGUUCUGGCUCUCGCAGAGGACCUGGCGUCACGAACGAUGGAACCUCCGGAGAAGUCACCAACGGAUCCACCAGGUGAGAACCUCAAUCCGUCAGAGACUAACGAGCAUCAGAGGCCGGAGGAAAUUAAAUCGAUUGCGAAAGAUUUGGAAAUAGAACGGUCUCAGAAUGCGGAUUUAACGGAGCGAAAAAUUAACGAGACUUCAGUAAAUCCUGGAUCACCGGAGGUAUCAGCAGGGAGUGCAUUAAAUAUUGCAGAGGAAGUCGUUAACAAUGAUGAUGUUGAGGAGUUGGAGCCCUGGAGUCCAGAGAGUGUCCAAGCGCACGUGGAGGAGGUAUUAAUAAACCAGGAAGGAUUGGAAAGUGGAGAGGCUAAAAGUGCGUCUGAGACUGGUGACAAAAAUAAUUCGGAUGAUUCCGGGGAUAAAGAUAAUUCGGUGAUGGGAGGUGACAGAGAUGAUGUGGCGGAGCGAGACGCUAAUUUGGCGAGUGAUGGAGGAGGCGAACCUCGGGAGGAGGGGGGUGAGGGGGGCCAGGGGGCUGUGCAGUACCCGGAGGGGAAUUAUGAUGGCAAUGCUGGGUAUGAUUAUGGUGGUCAGGGUGAGGGGUAUCAGUAUGCUGAGGGGUAUCAGUACAAUUAUGAUGAGAAUGGUGAGGUGGUUGGAGGGGGGUAUUCGGGAGGAGGUGAGCAGUAUCAAGGGGACAAUUAUGAGGCAAAUGUGGAGUAUCAGCAGGAGAGCUAUCCUGAGGGAUCGAACGUGCAGUAUUCGCAGGGGAAUUAUGGGGAAGGUGGAGGUGGGGAGUAUCAGGAGGGGAGUUAUGAGGGCGGGGAUGGACAUGCUCAGUAUCAAGAGGGGAGUUAUCCUCAAGAGGGAAAUUAUCCUCAGUAUGAGGAGUCCAGUCAACAGUAUCAGGGGGAGUACCCGCAGGAUGGGAAUCAGGGGUACGACGCCAGUGGUUAUGGAUAUUCUUAUGAGCAAGAGGGGUAUCAGGAAUAUCAGGAGGCUCAGGCUUCUGGGAAGGAGGAGGGAGGGACUGCAGAGCUGGUGCAGCAGGUGGAGGGGCCCAGUGCUGGGGAGGAAGGGGUUGAGGAGGAGAGCAAGAAGAAAAAGGAUGUCAUCAAGUCGAUUUUGGAGUCGGAGACUGAGAGCAGUAUUGAGAAGAAUACUGAGAAUACUGAGAGUGACUUUGAUUUUAAUUAAAUCUCUAGAUCUCAUCGAAACAAAUCCGUCCAUAGUAAACGAACAUCUUCAGUAAUAAUUACGAAGUUAAUAAGGAAGGCCGCGGCGAAAUAAAACUCUAGGGAGAACGAUGACUACUUGGCAUAAACCGGGAAACUUUUUUUUUGUUUUUAAUUGAGGGUCAAAUGGUCUUGAAGAGUAAACGAUCUUGAACAUUCUUAAGGGCGAUUUGACCAUUUGGUCAUUUGACCCUCAAGAUUAUUUAACCCUUAACCCUGAACGUUUUCGAGGGUCAUGUGACCCUCAAGACUAUUUGACUCUCGACUCCAGACGUCUUUAAGGAUCAUUCAACUAAUUCAUGGUUUUAAGACCAUUCGACCCUUGAUCUUAAACAUUUUCAAGGCUCUUUGACCCUUAAAAACAUUUAACCCUCAACUCGAAACGUCCAUAAGGGCCAUUUCAUCCUCAACAUCAUUCCAUUCUAAUCUCUCAACAUUUUUAUCGGUUUUCUGACCUUCAAGAUUAUUUAACUAUUAACCCUGAACGUUUCAAGGGUCAUUUAACCCUCAACACUAUUGAAUUUUCGACUCCAGAUGUUCUUAAAGAUCAUUCGGUCCUUACGGCCAUUCGACCCUUGACCUUAAAAAUUUUCAAGGGUUUGACCCUCACCUCGAAACGUCCAUAAGGGCCAUUUGACCCUCAAACCCAUUCGAUUCUAAACCCCAAACAUUUUUAAGGGUCAUUUGACCCUCAAAUAAAAACAAAAACAAAGUUUCUCAAAUCCUUCCAAAUAGUCGUUUCGCCUUUAAUAAAAAAAUGUUGAUCGAUUCUAAAAUCAAUAAAAAUAAUAACUCAAUUCACCUGUA